UCUGAAAUUUGUAUUAUACUCGUAUAAUAUAUAUACAUAUAAUCUUCAUUUAAUUUGAGUUACAGUUAGUAUACACUUAACACUUUACUUGUUAAGAUGAGACUGUAUUUCAUUCUAGGUAUAAGUUUGAUUAACUUCGGCUACUUAUCAGGCAUUGAAAUACGGUUAUGGCCAGUAAAUGCACGAGGAAAUGAAGGUUUUGUCGAAGUAUAUCACGAUAACACGUGGGGACUUAUUGGCAGCCCUUCUUACAGAUUUACAGACGUCACGUCUGCGUUACUUUGCAAGACUUUGGGGUUAAGCGACUUUGGAUAUAGCUCCGGAUGGACUCCCAUAGACAACUAUGAUGGGGUUGUAUGGACAAACAAUCUAGUGUGUGAUGGUCACGAGUCUGUGAUAGAUCAAUGCCAUUUUCCUUACAAAUGGAAACAAGACUACUACACUAACAAAACUGACUGGGCCUAUAGACACGGUACAAGGUUGUUUUGCGUAGAUGCCCAGAUAACUGGUGGUCCAACACAAAACAGUGGGCUUAUAGAAGCAUCGUUAGAUGGUAACACGUACUCCCUGUGUUAUGACAGCUUAGACAUGAAUGCUGCAAAUGUUGUGUGUAACCACUUAGGAUACGAUGGUGCAAUAAGUAUAGACAAAAGUGAGGCAGGUGUUAAUCCUAUAUACAGUAAACAAUUGUCGUGUACUGGCUGUGAAUAUUCGUUGUCCGAGUGUGACCGGUCUCAAAAUUUGACCUCUAAGUGUCUGUUUGCAGCUUCUGUCACUUGCAAAGCUAUUCGAAUGGCAAAAAUGAAUCGGUAUAAAGACGAAGGCCCCGUCGAAGUAUUUCACGACGGAUCUUGGGGAAUGGUUGGAGAUCCAGGAUUCACUUUUGACGACAAAACAUCCUCCUUUCUAUGUGACAGAUUUAAUCUCGGCAAAGCUGGAUUCAGUACUACGGGGAACUCGUUGCAAACGUAUGCGAGGAAGGCGUGGCUAGGUCUCAUUUCUUGUGAAGGUGACGAGAAAGACGUAAUGCAAUGUAAGCAUUCUAGUUUCUCAGCAGUGCCACCGUUACUACAUACAUACAGGCGAGGAACGUGGUUGUACUGCUUUGGAUUCAAUGUGACUCAGAUGCGGCUGACUGGGGGUAUAGACCAACAUGAAGGGGGUGUCGAGCUCCUUAUCAACGGCAGAUGGGGUUACAUAGCAACGCAAGGGAUGACCCAUAAUGAUACAGAUAAUGCUGCUAAGGUUAUCUGUAAAGAGAUGGGAUUCAGUGGCCAUGGUGCAGUGCUUUCCGGUGGUAACUAUGGGCGACAUCAUGAUCUGUUUUGGAUGUCUUUAUUAAAAUGCACAGGCAAUGAAAGCAGUAUACUGCAGUGCCACUAUAACAAAGGGGCGACAUAUGCUGUGUAUGAUGUCCCCUUCUAUCUUAGAGUGCGAUGCAGUGGUGGAAGUGGAAGCGGACUGGGUUCCCCGAUUAUAGGUUGAUGUAUAGCUGGCAUAGCAAAGAGUGCUAAACAAAAGAGACACUUUACGCUUUUAAAAGAAUUUUAAUCGUUGUAGUUAAUUUUUAACGUUAAAAAUAAACCUGAUAUAAUAAAA